CCCAGAUCAACAUCACCUCUUCCGAACUUUUCUUUUCAGGCUUCACUAGCCAUUGACCAACUUUGGCAUGGUAGGCUGCGGAUAUCAUGCCAGAGUCAUGUACCCUCCAGACCUAGCCAGACCCCAUAAGUCUCGGCAGCUCCAGAUCAAUUCGCGUUGAGCGACAUGAUAUCUUGAUGUGCGUUAGCAUGACACUAUACCUCAUUCAGUCAGAACUUUGUUCUCCUCUGUUGUCCUACAACUAUAAGGAAUCGAGUCAACAACCUGGAAAGCAAGUGACAAGCACUAGUGCUCUUGGGCAUGCCUUCGCGUCCUGCCUCUACGAAGGCUCCCUCCUUCUCGUCACGCUCAUAUUGGGAUGAUCGUUUUACGGGAGAUCAGAUCACAUUUGAAUGGCUUCUCUCGGUGGGAGAUACCAUUGCCAUCAUCAACGGGAUCAUCGUCAACAGCCGUAUCGAUGGACAAGGCGUCUCGAAUGACCCCAAGCCAAGGAUCCUGCACAUCGGUUGUGGGACAUCGGACCUGUCCCUACAUCUAAGAGAGCUUGUGCGGUUGCCCGCUCAGGUCCAUAAUGUGGAUUUCUCCGAGGCUGCCGUAGAGCACGGACGGAUGAAGGAGCUGCAGAGCUUCCAUAUCCAUCCUGCUUCCAUUGAUGCUGACAGGGGUAGAGAUGGUGGAGUCAGCGGACCGGCAGCAACAGAGGUUUCUGAAAGGGAGAAUUGGAUGAGCUGGAGCACGGUCGACCUUCUUUCGCUUCCAAGCGUGGAAUCACUGGUCGGCGACGGGGGCCAGCUCUAUGACCUGAUCAUUGACAAGAGCACCAGUGAUGCUAUCGCCUGUGGUGAUAACAUCACCGUUAUGCCACUCUGGGUGCAACCUGACGGGCGGGUUCCAAUAUCGAUGGAUCCUGUGGACCUUCUCGCUCUGCACCUUGCCGCAGUGACUGCUCCUGCUGGUUAUUGGAUCGUCAUCUCCUACUCAGCAAACAGGUUUCCCUUUCUUGAGAGCGAGGCCGAACAGCGGGAUCAAUGUGCAGAGAAAAGUCCAUCGCAACAUGACACCAGCCGUGGUGUAGCACCAGGUAGAUUUUGGAGAUUAGAGAGGAAAGCACAGAUAACAGUGCCGGCAACUGAAGAGGCCGUUGUUGGAGGGGCGCCAGGCCACACCGUGCACCGACCAGAGAUAUAUCAUUGGCUGUAUGUGCUUAUACGGACCGAGGCUCUCUUAGGGCCUGGUGUUGAACCCCCUCGUCAGAGCUGAGAGCUGAGAGUAUGGAUCCUUCCACAAGCGGGCGCGGAUCGUAUUCGGAGGAAUUUCUAUGGCAAAAUGACGGUAUGGUAAGAGGUAACGGUCCCGGAGCCCACCAUGGUAGGAGCAUCGGAAUUUUAUUACGAUGUCUCGGUGUCGUGUACAUGCUGCGUUCAAGUUCGAAGAGUAAGGCAAGGUAAC